AUGUUGUUUAAUUUUAUCGGCCCUGACACUCUGCUUACUGCGUCUGAGAAUGACUUGCUUGGAUUCAUCAAGUCAGUAUCCAUAAAAGCCGUACACCCCGAAGUUUAUCGCCAACACUUUUACAAAUUAAAACAAAGUGAUGGUGAAACAGUUACGUCAUUUAUUUCCCGUUUGAAAGCCCAAGCUAUGCUUUGUAGAUUUAGUUGCUCUGGAACCUGUGGAGACAACAGAUGCACCCCUUCAUACGCUGACGAAAUGAUUCGAUCCCAGCUGAUUGCCGGUCUCCAAAAUUCGUCCCAUCAAUCGAAAGUACUUUCUGAAAUGGAAAUAUUAACAACAUUGAGCCAGCUUACAACCCGUCUUUUGACAUUGGAAUCAACUGAACGCGCUUCAUCCGAAUUUCAAUCACCACACCAGUCGACAUCUGACGUAUCCGCCUUGAAAUCAAAGCCAUCAUCCCGUCCACCCACCAACAACAACAACAACAAAACUUGCAUCGGAUGCGGAAAGCCUUUCCACCCAAAGGGUCGUUCAACUUGCCCUGCCUACGGUAAGACUUGUAGAAACUGUAAUAAGUUGAACCACUUCGCUAACGUCUGCCGUAGCCCCAAGACCUCGGCGAUUGAAGUCCCACCCGAUAAAUCUGCCGAAUUCCUAUUGUCAGCAGUAGAUACCCCAUCCCCAUUGUGA